CGCGCUGGCGGGGGUGUUCGAGGCGGCACUGGACGCCAAGAAGCACGCAGCGAGGCCGCAUGUGCCGCCGGAGGUGGAGGCCCGCUGCAGGGCCCUGCCUGACCCUGGGUGGCAUCGCAAGUACUGGCGGGCGCAGCAGCAACAGCAACAGCAACAGCGUCAAGCUGCGCCCCAGCAACAGCCCGCCCAGGGCUGCUCAGUGAUAUCGGACCUGUUCGCACGCAUUGGCGCGGAUGAGGAACAGCUCAGGCGGCAAAGCCCGCUUGCAGCGGCUAUCCUCCAGGAGGAAGAAGAUGAUGGGGGGGAUGAGAGCGAGUAUUCAGCAGCAGCAGCUGGGGUAUCAAGGGCCACAGUGACAUUAGGUGUUGCUUCCUUGCAUGUGGACGGGGUGUUGCUCCAAGCCGCACGUUCUGUCGUACAUUCGGACGAGCAAUGGCAGGAGUUGCUAGACCGUUGUUGGGCUGUCGUACAACGGGAAUGGAGCGCCCCCUGGCGCCGGUAUCUGACGAGGAAGACGAAGCGUCGCGGAGGCGGAGGCGGAGACUUCGAGGAUGAUGACAGCGACGAGGGCGUUACGGCGAGUGGCGGCGGCGGCGGCGUGGGUCCCUCGUCCCGUGAAGCGUUACGUCGGCAGGCGGCGGCGGGUGCUGCGUUUCAAACGGAGCUGGUUCGGGCUGUCCGGCGGGGGCUGCUGGAGGCUGCAAGGGGCAUCCUGCCGGGUCGGCUGCAGCUGGGGGACACGGUGUACGACGGAUCUGAAGCUAGUGCCGUACAAGGGAGCUUACCGGGAUCAGCUGCUUCGGCUACUGUUACCGCCGCUGCUACAGGCACUGCUACUGCCUUGGCUACGGGUGAUGAGUUAGACAUGCGGUCCCGUACGGCGCUAGCUACAGCACUGUAUGCUUCUGUGUACGGCAGACGUCGUGCCGAGGGCGGCAGCAGCGGGGCCGGUGAGCGGCUGGGUGUGGUGUGGCUCGCUGCGGGUCCGGAGCUCAACUGGGCGCAUUGGGUGUUGCGACACGGGGGCAGGCUGCCGGGGGUCAGGAGGGGGGGCUGAGGGUGAUGACAGAAGUCCUCGCGGCGCACGCAUCUAAUGUUGCUACAGCCUUCACGCGUUCACCUCAAGUCUUCAUGUACGUGGCUGCAUGGGGCUUCAGAGAUGGAUACCCAAUGUGUGCUGCUGUAUUCCAUGCAUGGCGCAUGCCAAUCUGCAUGAGCGCACGACAGCCAAGGGUCUUUGGGGGUCGUGCUGGGUAGUUGCAAGUACCGCACCUGCCUAACGGGGUGCUGCAAUGCACCUAUUCAUCAGUUUUAAAGGCCCUUGCUCUUUAGCUACAAUGUUAAGGGGUGCCCUAAGGGAUGUUGGUCGGGCAGUGCGCGGGACGUGGUGGUGGCUGCGUAAUUACUGUGCACGCUUCGGGGGGAGCAACAGCCAAGCGGUGAAUUUGAUGCUCGGAUUGGAGGCAGUGCGCAAUAAAUGGAGGCAUACAUUCUGAUACGUUGACCCGGAUUGGCAUGGGAUGCUUACCUAGUUAGCUAGCUGUAGCGGCCGAUUCAGCGGGGAACGGUGGCGCGGCGA